CAGGCCCAGAAGGCCCGUGAUCUGCAAUAUAAGGCUACCAAAACUCCCAGCCGUCUCCUCCCCACGCGAAAACCCUAGCAGCUCGGCAGUCCCCCGCUCGAGGUAUUCCAUUCGCAGUCGACCGGGUCCUCGGAGCGCCGGAGAUCACGAUGAAGUUCAUUGCUGCCUACCUGCUUGCUGUUCUUGCUGGUAACUCCAGCCCCUCAGCUGAGGACUUGACAGCCAUUCUGGAGUCAGUUGGCUGUGAAGUUGACAAUGAAAGGAUGGAACUCCUGCUGUCCCAACUGAGCGGUAAGGACAUUACCGAGCUCAUUGCUGCGGGCAGGGAGAAGUUUGCUUCAGUCCCAUGUGGCGGUGGCGGUGUAGCUGUUGCGGCAGCUGCCCCUGCUGCUGGUGGAGCUGCUCCUGCAGCUGAGGCGAAGAAAGAAGAGAAGGUGGAAGAGAAGGAAGAAAGUGAUGAUGACAUGGGCUUCAGCCUCUUCGACUAAGCUGCGCAGUCAUAGAGUAUUAUUUUGGGCAGUGGUACCAGACGAAAACCAGAGUCAUGUUUAGAUUUUAACCUUGUUUUGUGUGGAAAUUACUGGAAAGACAGCUACUGUCUUCAUAUUUUGUAUUCAGCCGUAGAUUGCUAUGCUGGUUGGGGUUUACUGGUGAACCAAAGUUUCUCUAUCUUAUGAAUUGGUUACCUCAGUUUCCUGGCUGUUUAA